CUCAGCGUAUCGUCCGCUGACUUCAGCCCAAAGCGAUGAAAAUAACUAUCUGCUUCGUUUUGUUAUGUUUGGUAGAAAUUACAACACAAGAUCCAGUGCCUGUUGUCAUCUGGCAUGGCAUUGGAGACAGUUGCUGUGGGCGAAGUAUUGGAUCAAUCAAAAGUUUAAUAGAGGAACAAGUUCAAGGAAUAUAUGUUAAAUCUCUUGAAAUUGGUAAUAAUACUACUGAGGAUGUGAAUAAUGGAUAUUUAAUGAACGUCAACGAUCAGGUUACCAUGGCUUGUAAAUUAAUUAGUAAUGAUUCUAAAUUACAAAAUGGUUACAACGCACUUGGGUUCUCUCAGGGCGGACAGUUUAUGCGAGCUGUGGUCCAGAGAUGUCCGACACCACGCAUCUUCAAUUUCGUUUCUGUUGGCGGCCAGCAUCAAGGUGUGUAUGGUUUUCCCAAAUGUCCAGGUGACAAUAACACGCUAUGUGAUAUUGUUAGAAAACUUCUCAGCUAUGGUGCGUAUGUAAGCUUUGUACAAGAUCAUUUAGUACCAGCUGAAUAUUGGCAGGAUCCACUGAAUCUAGAUGAAUAUCGAAAUAAAAGUGUUUUUCUGGCCGACAUCAACCAGGAGAGAACCAAGAAUCCUGUGUAUAAAGAAAAUUUACUGAAACUGAAAAAUUUGGUGUUGGUUAAAUUUCUUCAAGAUACCACUGUUGAACCUAGAGAGAGCGAGUGGUUUGGAUUCUAUGAACCAGGUCAAGCUAAGAAACUGUUAACUGUAUUUGAAACACCUUUAUAUCAACAGGAUUGGUUGGGAUUAAAGAAAUUAAAUGAUACAGGACGGCUUCAUUUCUUAAGUUCUGACACAGAUCAUCAGAUAUUCACCCACGAGUGGUUCAUCAGCAACAUCAUUAAUAAAUUCUUUAAAUAAAUCAACAAUGUUAUUACUGCUUAAACUCUCACUUUAAUGCUCAACAGAUAAUAUGUGUUUCUUGUUUUUAGAACAACAAAUAUCUAAGUAACGCGGAACAUUAGGGUUUUUUUUUGUUAGAACUACAGUGUAGUCAUGUCUACAAGAUUUUUGUCAAAUGUAUUGCUGUAUGUAACAAAUCAUUUUACAUCCACAGAAUCGAGAUAAUUCUUAUGUAAAAAAAAAUAUAGCGCCAUGAUAACUGGUCGGAUGUGAAGAAAGGUUUCUGUUUUUUGGGUUUUUUUUCAAAAAAAGAAGAUAUAACCGUAAAGAACAAUUACGUCCGUAAAUACAAAGGUACACAUUGAUGUACCUUACUACCUUACUAUGCUUAUCAAUGCUACUCUGGUUGAAAAUAUUUCAUGUCAAUAUGACAGCGUCAUUGACCUAGGCGUUUCCAAAAUCAUCCCCAAAUCAGAAUGCGCAUUAAAAUGUGUAUUCCUGUAGUAACCCGGCACAAAUACACUGUACAAACACAGUACAAACAUGGCGGUGGAUCCAACAUAGGUAGCCGAUGGUCGCGGAUCUUCGAUACUAAUAUGUUUACGAACAUAAGACGAUAAUGUAGCAGUUUUGACAACCAAGGCUUUUGUUACAUUUUUCAUACGAUCUUUCAGUACAUCCUGACUAAUGUUCCAAUCACCUUGCUUGUAACAUCUACAAUUACAACUAUCCUGUAGUGUGGCGUUAGGUGGCGCUUCAGUGACAUCAGGUAGAAUUGCCGUGACGUGAAAGUGGGUUGAAGUGGCGUCAGAUAGAGUUGAUGUAACGUGAAGCUGCGUUGAAGUAACGUCGUGAUGAUUUGACGAAGAAGAAAAGUCUGAGGUAGAUGAUGUCAAACACGACUCGAGUGUUAAAUAUUCAGGAACAACCAUUGUUGUUACAUAUAAAGCUGAAGACAAUUCGUGAAGUUCUGUCGACGAAUGAAAUAUAUCUGUUGAUAUGUCAAGAGAUGUUGUGGAUAAGUCAUCUAAGGGUGCUGGUGUCAAAUCAUAAUAUAGCGUGUUUUCUAAAGUUGUUGACGUACUAUCAGACAUGGGUGUUGUUGGUGCUUCUAUUAAUGUGGAGCUAAUAUUAGAUUGUAUAGAUGAUGACGUCAUACAGUAAGAUGUAUUUACUUGUGAUGGAAUCAAAUCUUCACUUACUAGAAAAUAGACAGGAAAAUAUUUU